ACCAUUAAACCCCAGAGGAAGAAGAUUAGUUUUCAGCAUGAUCUCUGGUGUUGUGUUGUGUUGUGAUACUGACUACAAACUGUUAGAAGUGUACUUUUAUCAGAUAUGUAGAUACAUUUUGAAUCAGGUCAAUAAAUCAUAUUCACAGACGUGACUAAAGUUUGAAGCGAGCAGGAAUAUCUGGAGGAGUAUCAACUGAACUGAGAUCUGCUGCUGUGAAGAUGGUGUUUGUUAAAGAGGAGAGUGAGGAGGACAUGAGUGAACCAGAACCCUGGAGAAUAAAACACGAGGAACAAGGAGAUCUGUCUGAACUGGGAUCAUUUUGACAAUGUUGUUGUCUGUACUUUUCAGCCUGGUGAAAGUGAAAGAGGAAAGAGAAGAUCUGAAUGAAGUGGAGGAGAAAUAUCAGCUUCAGGAAGCUCAUGAUGUCACCACUGAAGAAAAACCAUUGAGUUGCUCCAAAACUGAAAACAGUUGCUCACAAAGCAGCAUUCAAAUAACCGAAGUCAGAAGACCUUUCACCUGCUCUCAGUGUGGAAAGCCUUUUAAACAUAAAAGAAGCCUUAAGAGUCACAUGAUAAUUCAUACAGAAAAAAAUCCUUUCACCUGCUCCCAGUGUGGAAAGAGGUUUACAAAGAAAGCACACCUUAAUGAGCAUUUGGUAUCUCACACUUCAGAAAAGCCUUUCACCUGCUCUCAGUGUGGAAACACUUUCACACGUAAAGAAAGCCUUAAGAAUCACAUGUUAAUUCAUGCUGAAAAUAAUCCUUUCACCUGCGCACAGUGUGGAAAGGGUUUUACACGUAAAGAGAAUCUUAAGACUCACAUGUUAAUACAUACUGGAGUGAAGCCUUUUAUCUGCUCUCACUGUGGAAAGAGUUUUACACAGAAAGCACACCUUAACAAGCACUUGUUAAUUCAUACUGGAAAAAGCCUUUCUGCUGAUCACAGUGUGGAAAUACUUUCACAUGUAAAGACAACCUUAACAAUCACUUGUUAAUUCAUGCUGGAAAAAAGCCUUUCUGCUGCUCACAGUGUGGAAAGAGUUUUACACAGAACUCACACCUUAAGUAUCAUUUGUUAAUUCAUACUUCAGAAAAGCCUUUUACCUGCCCUCAAUGUGGAAGGAGUUUUACACAGAAAGGACACCUUGACAAUCACUUGUUAUUUCAUACUGGAAUAAAGCCUUACACCUGC